UCCAGUGGUACUUGUCGUCAACGCCCACUCAAUCUCGUGCAGGUUGUCGCCUUGCCCCUCGCGUUUACUAGUGCUUAAAAAGCCAGUGCGCCGCGUCGCCAUCUUGAGAUUCAAUGGACGCUUAUGACGUUCCCGAUUCGACCGACUGGCUCAACACCCCACUUGCGGGCUUGAUGUCAGUCGAACAGGCCUUCCGAUGUCAUGUCUGCAAAGACUUUUACAACACCCCCAUGAUCACCUCGUGCAGCCACACAUUCUGCUCGCUCUGCAUCAGGAGAUCUCUCAGCGUCGACGGGAAGUGCCCACUAUGCCGCGCAACGGAUCAGGAGAACAAGCUAAGAGGCAACCACGCUAUGCGGGAGGCUGUGGAUGCCUUUGUGCAAGCACGCACUUCCGUUCUCGAGGUUGCCCGUACUCCCAAGAUCCCACCACCCGAUGUCGAGCCGCCUCGAACACCCAAGCGCAAGGCAGAGAACCACCAAGAAGGCAUGGAUUCUGGGACGGGGCGGAAAAGGACCAGAAUGUCUACACGACAGAGCAAAGCGAAGGGAGCCGAGGCCACCGCGGCGAUGAUGCGACAGGAGACAGUGUUGGAAGUGGCAAGUUCCGCUGGAGAGUAUAUGGAUGAUGAGCCAGAUGACGGACUCGCCGGUUGCCCAAUAUGUAAAGCCCGUAUGAAGCCAGAACGUGUCUACAACCACCUCGAUAUUUGUCCAGGCGAACCACAAGGGUCACAAACAACGGCAAGCGCACCGCCACUUUCUCUGGGAACAUCACAAGCACCACCAAAGCCUUUGGAACGCUUACCUCCUUUAAAUUACUCUAUGCUUAACGAUCAACAGCUGAGGAAAAAGCUCUCGGCACUUGGGAUUUCUACGACAGGCAACCGUCAGCUUCUGGAGAGGCGGCAUAAGGAAUGGGUCACAAUAUGGAAUGCCAAUUGCGACUCCCUUAGGCCAAAGAAGCGCUCCGAGCUACAACAAGACCUUGGAGUAUGGGAGCGUACCGUUGGCGCCCCCGCCCCGUCUCGAGCAGCUACUCUCGGUGCUCAGAUCAAGGACAAGGAUUUUGAUGGCGAGGCUUGGGCCGCGAAACAUCAGUCUUCCUUCAAAGAUUUAAUAGCAAACGCCCGGAAAUCAAGAACAAAGCCUAAUCAGGAACCUUCCGAGCCAAAUGCACCACCUCAAACCUUGCCAGAAGGUGCUACGACGCCAUCAUUAGAAGCCAAAGCCCCUGAGCAAAGCAGAAGUGAUGAGGUGGUCGACCUCACGAGUCCGACCCAAGAACAGCCGCACGUUACUGACACUGAGGCAACCACCGCUGGCUCUCGCACUUCCAUAGAUGAUGCUGAUCUAUGCGGCAUUAAAGAGCAUAUUGGGGAGAGCUUUAUCCCCAGAACACCAGAGAAAGCGCAGUCAUGAUUACGAAUUAAUGUUUCAAAGAUUCAC